AUGGUAGUGCGGCCCGGGCGCGGAGGUGGGCAAACGGGGCGGGGCACGCGAGCGCGGGGACUGGGGCGCGGAGGGCUCGCGGCGCGGGAUUGGAGGGUGCUGCCGGCCGGCCCGCCGCCGGCUCUUCAGGCGGAGCAGGGAGAGGCGCGCGCCUCUGCGCGGGAGCCCUCACCCAGUCUGCUCCGCCGCGCUCCGCUGCUCUGGGCGGGCACCCUUGGGCAUGAGCGCUUCCCCGACGCUGCCCCCGGGGGGCGAGGAAGAUCUCGAGAAGGCCUGGUCUCCAGCGGUCAACGCCAGCUGCGCCCCGACCGGGGAGGAGGAGGCGGCGGCGGGGACCGGGGACGCGGGGGCAGCAGGCAUGGUCGCCAUCCAGUGCAUCUACGCGCUGGUGUGCCUGGUGGGCCUGGUGGGCAACGCCCUGGUCAUCUUUGUGAUCCUUCGCUACGCCAAGAUGAAGACGGCCACUAACAUCUACCUGCUUAACCUGGCCAUCGCAGAUGAGCUUUUCAUGCUGAGCGUGCCCUUCGUGGCCUCGUCGGCUGCCCUGCGCCACUGGCCCUUCGGGUCUGUGCUGUGCCGCGCCGUGCUCAGUGUGGAUGGCCUCAACAUGUUCACCAGCGUCUUCUGUCUGACGGUGCUCAGCGUGGACCGCUACAUCGCCGUGGUGCACCCUCUUCGUGCCGCCACCUACCGGAGGCCCAGCGUGGCCAAGCUAAUCAACUUGGGCGUGUGGCUGGCGUCCUUGCUGGUCACCCUGCCCAUUGCCAUCUUCGCAGACACCAGGACGGCUCGGGGUGGCCAGGCGGUGGCUUGCAACCUGCAUUGGCCGCACCCGGCUUGGUCAGCGGUCUUUGUGGUCUAUACUUUCCUGCUGGGCUUUCUGCUGCCCGUUCUGGCCAUCGGCCUGUGCUACCUGCUUAUCGUGGGCAAGAUGCGGGCGGUGGCACUCCGGGCCGGCUGGCAGCAGCGGAGACGCUCGGAAAAGAAGAUCACGCGGCUCGUGCUGAUGGUGGUAGCCGUCUUUGUGCUCUGCUGGAUGCCUUUCUACGUGGUGCAGCUGCUGAACCUGUUUGUGACCAGCCUUGAUGCCACGGUCAACCACGUGUCCCUCAUCCUCAGCUACGCCAACAGCUGUGCCAACCCCAUCCUCUAUGGCUUCCUCUCUGACAACUUCCGCCGUUCUUUCCAGCGGGUUCUCUGCCUGCGCUGCUGCCUCCUGGAUGCCACUGGUGGUGCUGAGGAAGAACCCCUAGACUAUUAUGCCACUGCUCUCAAGAGCAGAGGUGGGGCAGGAUGGAUAUGCCCUCCGCUCCCCUGCCAGCAGGAGCCCUUGCAACCGGAAACCAGGCGCAAACAGGUCCCCCUCACUGGGACCACCACCUUCUGA